AUGCCACGUGUCGCAUUCUCAUUGGACCUCCUGUGGCUGCUGAGGCGAGAGGGGCAGGAGCCUUGUGCUGCUGCAUGCUGCGCUCCAGUCGCUGCUCUGGUGGGGGAGGGGAGGGUGAGGGGAGAGGCGGUGCAAAGGGAGGAGGGGAGGGCGAGGAGUGGGGCGGUAAUAGGGGGAAAUGUAGAGAUGAGUGAUAUUGGAAUGACUUUUGAGAAUUCUCAAAAGAGUGGGGCAGUAAUAGGGGGAAAUGUAGAGAUGAGUGGUGGAAAGGAGGGGGGAGAGGAGAGGGAGGAGGAGGAGGAGGAUUGGGCGUUGAGGGUGGCAGCAGGGGUGGUGGAGGAGGCAGUGCAGGAGGGGUGGUUGCAUGCUGGUGACAUGGCUCUGGUGCUGCUGCUGGCACAUGCAAGACGAGGGCUCCGAGACGAGGCCGCCUCUCUCCUCCACUGCCUCUCCCGUCCCAGCAUCCCUGUACCGGGCGGCGCACUGCUGGACGUGCUGCGGGCGGCAGCAGCGCACGGGCAGGCGGACUUCUUUGUCUUCUUGCUGCGGGAGUGGGUAGCGGCGGACGUGACUGUAUUGGGGGGCCCGCGGGCUCUAGAGGAGGUGCUGCAGCUGCUGCUGCGCUGCAGACGACCCCACCAGGCUGUGUCGUGGUUCCAGCGGUGCCUGGGAGCGCACCCGCACGCCCCCCCCUCGCCUGCACUGGCUGUGUCUUGGUUCCGGCGGUGCCUGGGAGCGCACCCACAUGGAACCCCCUCGCCAGCAGUGGUGCAGGUGCUGCUACAUUCGGCUGUGUCUUGGUUCCGGCGGUGCCUGGGAGCGUACCCACACGCUCCCCCCUCGCCAGCAGUGGUGCGGGCGCUGCUGCAUGUGCUGCAGAGGAAGAGCAUGUGGCACGAGAUGCUGGACGUGUUCGGGUCGCUGCAGCACUACCCAGGAUAUCAUGACAAGACGGGAAGCAUGUGGCACGAGAUGCUGGACGUGUUCGGGUCGCUACAGCACUGCCCGGGCUAUCAUGACAAGCAUGCUGAAGGGGCGUGGGGCAUGUGGCACGAGAUGCUGGACGUGUUCAGGCCUAUGAGGGACGACCCAGGUUUCCAUAAUAAGGUCAACUACACCACACUCAUCCGCACUCUCCGUAGAGACGUCAACUACAUGACGGUCAUCCGCACUUUCCUGCGCUGCCAUCAACCCAACCUGUCAAUAGUCCUUCUCCCCAACUUGUGUCCCUUUGCCUCUGCCCUCUUCCAUGCCCGGCAGGUCAACUACACGACGGUCAUCCGCACUCUCCUCCACUGCCGCCAGCCCAAGCUCCCACUCACCCUCUUUCCCAACAUGUGUCCCAUUUCCUCUGCCCUCUCCUAUGCAUCACAGGUCAACUACACCACGGUCAUCCGCACGCUCCUGCACUGCCGCCAGCCCAAGCUCGCACUCACCCUCUUCCGAGACAUGCUCACUUCAGGGGUGCUCCAAUGCGACACCCACGGGCGCGUGCUGUCAGCCCGUGAUAACGACACCACCCAUGAGAGGCUGCUGCAGGCCGUGCGGCACGCGGCUCACCUGGUUGGGGAUCGAGAGGUGCUCGGCAUGGUGGCUGGUGCUGCUGUGGGUGCUCGCAGCACGAGCAGGAGCGGGAGGUUCAGACCUGCUCCUUCUGCAGUCAAGGAUGCCGUGCGGCAUGUGGCUCUCCUGGUGGGCGACAGAGAGGUGCUCGGAAUGGUGGGUGGUGGUGCUGUGGCUGCUCGCAGCACGAGCAGGAGCGGGAGGUUCAGACCUGCUCCUUCUGCAGUGCUCGGCAUGGUGGGUGCUGCUGUGGCUGCUCGCAGCAAGACAAGGAGGGAGAGGUUCAGACAAACUCAUCCUCCUCCUGAUAUUGGGGAUGAAAAAGACACUCCUUCGUGGCUGAGCCCUCCUGAUAGCUAA